GCCAAGCGGGGACCCGGCAGCGUGGGGGGUGCGGCGAGCGGCUGCCCCGCGCAUCGCGGCCGCGGGGGGAGUGACUCUGGCAGGCUGCGGCGAGCCGAGAUAAAAGCUCCGCUGCUGCCUCCUUCCCUCCCCUUUUCUCUUGUAACUUUUUUUUUCUUUCCCUUUCCCUCCCUCUCCCUCCCAGCAAAGUGACCGCGGCGGCGGCGGCGGCAGCCCCGGAGCAGCCGCAGCGCCGGACGCCGCCAUGAGCCCCCCGGUGCCGCCGUCGGGCCGCGCCGCCGGGGGCUGAGCCUGGGCGCGGGGGGGCGCGCCGGGAGCCGCGCCGCUCCGCGCCGCCGCGGCGGGGGGCCGGAGGCAGAGGAGGCAGCGAGAGCCCGGGACCCCCGGCCGCCCCCGCCGUGCCCGGGGCAGCGGCCGCCGCGAUGUCGGCGCAGAGCCUGCUGAGCAGCGUCUUCUCCUGCUCCUCCCCGGCCGCCGCCGCCGCCGCGCCCGCCGCCAAAAGCCUCUCCAAGCGGAGGCUCCGCCAGACGCGCAGCCUCGACCCGGCCAUCAUCGGCGGCGGCCGGGAGGACGGGGAGGGCGCGGGCCGGGCGCCGCGGGUGCGGGGCGCCGGCAGCCCCCCCGGGGAGCGCCGCCGUCCCCGGGGCGCCCCGCCGACCCCCGGCGCCUCCUUCUCCACCCCCAGCACCCCGCUGGAGCGGUCGCCGCCGGGCAGCGCCCUCUUCGACGAGGAGAGCCCCCGCGGGAAGCGGAGCCCCGGCUGGGAGCUGCCCUUCCUGGCGCGGACCCCGUCGGCCUCGGCGCUCAGCGGCCCCGCCGGCCCCGCCAACAGCAUCUUCUCCUCGCCCCGCCGCUGGCUGCAGCAGAGGAAGGGGCAGCCCUCGCCGCCCGGGCCUCGCCCCGCCGCCUACGUCGUGUGGAAAUCCGAGGGUGAUUUCACUUGGAACAGCAUGUCAGGGCGCAGUGUUCGUCUGAAGUCAGUUCCCGUUCAAAGCCUCUCGGAGCUGGAGCGUGCUCGGCUGCAGGAAGUGGCUUUUUAUCAGUUGCAGCAGGACUGUGACCUGGGCUGUCAGAUUACUAUCCCCAAAGAUGGACAAAAGAGGAAGAAAUCAUUAAGAAAGAAACUGGACUCAUUAGGAAAGGAGAAGAACAGGGACAAAGAAUUUAUUCCCCAGGCUUUUGGAAUGCCUUUGUCCCAAGUGAUUGCUAAUGAUCGGGCCUACAAGCUCAAGCAAGACUCUCAGAGAGAAGAGCAAAAAGAAGUUUCAGAUUUUGUGGCCUUUCUCUUGCCAUUCGGAACUAAAAGGCAGAACAAAGAACUUUCAAGCAGUAACUCAUCUCUUAGCUCAACCUCAGAAACACCGAAUGAAUCCACUUCUCCUAACACACCCGAGCCAGCGCCACGAGCAAGGAGGCGUGGCGCGAUGUCUGUGGACUCUAUUACAGAUCUUGAUGACAAUCAGUCACGAUUGUUAGAGGCUCUCCAGCUCUCUUUGCCAGCAGAAGCUCAGAGCAAGAAAGAAAAGGCAAGAGAUAAGAAGCUAAGCCUGAACCCUAUUUACAGGCAGGUUCCCCGGCUUGUAGAUAGUUGCUGCCAGCACUUGGAAAAGCAUGGUCUCCAGACUGUAGGAAUAUUCAGAGUUGGAAGCUCAAAAAAGAGAGUAAGACAGUUACGUGAAGAGUUUGACCGGGGCAUAGAUGUUGUAUUAGAUGAAGAACACAGCAUUCAUGAUGUUGCUGCUUUGUUAAAGGAAUUUCUGCGUGACAUGCCUGACCCACUUCUCACCAGGGAACUUUAUACACCUUUCAUCAACACUCUCUUACUAGAGCCAGAUGAACAGCUAAGCACCUUACAGCUUCUCAUUUAUCUUCUACCUCCCUGUAACUGCGAUACCCUACACCGGCUGCUGCAGUUCCUCUCCACAGUGGCUGGCCAUGCAGAAGACACGACAGACAAAGAUGGCCAAGAGAUUACUGGGAACAAAAUGACAUCACUGAACCUGGCUACCAUCUUUGGCCCUAACUUGUUGCACAAGCAGAAAUCUACAGACAAAGAAUUCUCAGUUCAGAGCUCAGCUCGAGCUGAAGAGAGUACUGCUAUCAUAGCUGUCGUACAAAAGAUGAUUGAAAACUAUGAAGCCCUUUUCAUGGUUUCCCCUGACCUUCAGAAUGAAGUGCUUAUUAGCCUAUUAGAGACUGACCCGGAUGUUGUGGACUAUUUGUUGAGGAGGAAAGCUUCCCAGUCAUCGAGCCCAGAGAUGCUGCGGUCAGAAGGUUCCUACUCCACAGGAGGAAGACAUUCUUCCACAGACUCCAACAAAGCUUCAAGCGGAGAUGUCUCCCCUUAUGACAACAACUCCCCAGUACUAUCUGAGCGGUCGCUGAUGGCAAUGCAAGAAGAAGUUUCCUGCAGCCCAGAUAAGCUGUACAAGGUACCUGAGCAGUACACGCUGGUUGGACACUUGCAGCCUAAGACAAAGGAGAAUUCUUCUGCAUCACAGGCUGGAAAAGAUGUUUCUGAAGAUCAUUUUGAUAUCUGGGGCACCUGGCAUUCAACGCUGAAAAGUGGCUGCAAAGAUCCAGCAAUGACAGGUUCUUACGGGAACAUUUAUGAAAGCAGCUUGCUGCGACCCGGACAGUGCUCUCUUUCCCAGGGGAACCUUGCCAUGUAUUCUCCUCGGUGGCAGGGCAGCUCCUCUGAGUUGGACAACGGCAGGCAGGUCAUGCGAAGGAGCCAGACAACCGCUGCCAUUCCUGAGUGUCAGCUCCAUCCCACGGUGUCUCGGGUGUGCAGUAACCCACAAAUCGAAGUCAGCAGUAGGAGUUCAGACCUGUCACACUCAAAGUCAGAGCGGCACUUGACUUUAAGCAGUGUGGAGGACCUCUGUGAGCAUGACUCGAAUGUGGGUUGUUCACAAAGCACAGCCAAGCCCUCCUACAGAAAAGAGAGGCCACCGCCCCCCUACCCAGGCCCAGCAAAACCAAGCUCUGUGUUGUCACAGCGAUCGAGCGUUUCUUCAACGUUGCACUCUUUGUGGAGACUUCAACGCCAAGAAAAAAGUUCAGGGACCAGAGCAGCUGGGGGACCGCCAGCCAAAGCCCCUGAGCAGGCCACCUCCAGGCAGGAGCGGCCGGCCCUGCACACCCAAGCGGGUCACAUCUAUUCCACAGCACCUCACAGUCAGAACAGUAAAAACGUUUCAGAGGCGGACUGGCAUGAUUGGCAAAGGGAGAGGUGGCAAAUUUGGGAGCUUUUAUCUGCUGAUAACCCCGAUGCCCUCCCGGAAACCCUUGUAUGAUCGGACUCUGCAGAACUGCCACGCGUACCUAUGCCUCCCUCUCGUAGGAAAACAACUGUGACAUUGGAAAACGGGGAGGGCUUGUUUGUUUUAUACCGACUGAAUUGCAUAUACUUUUUUUAAAACUUUGUUCACUUUAAUUUCUUAACAGCACUGUCAAGCAGUCCAUUUACAAAUACAGUAUGAUCCUGGUUUUCAGCAAAUUUUUGAGGAAAAAACGAGAUGAAAAUUUUAGUCUAAUAACUCUUUGCAGACGCUGUGUAUAAGAUAAAACUGUUGCUUUGAUUAUUGCUAAAAAUGUAUUUAUAUAUCUGCAGUUUUGAUGAUUGUAUAUUCUGUAAUGGGUAUUGUAUGAUAAUCAUAUAUUAUGUUUUCAUAUACAGAUGUCAAUCAGUCAUGACUGCUUUUUUAGAUCACUGCACUUACAUUACCAUAAUAUGCAUUGGAGUUCUAUAGAAAGUGCACAAGCUGGUUUCUGUGCUUAUAUUAAAAAAAAAACAA